AUGGCAAUAGGGGAUCUUCUUGGCUUUGGUGCUGUGAAGCAGAUUUACCAGUCAUCAUGGAGGAAUCAGGCUGUGGCAUAUGUUUACAUUAACAACAGAGACUAUUUGGAAGAUUUCAAGGCAGGUUUAGAUUUUCUGAAAGGCAUUGGUGCUAGUAGGUUUCUGAUUCAGUUAUUGGGCUUUUGUGAGGAAGCUCAUGUAUACAUAACAGAGUAUCAUUCCUUAGGCAAUGCUCUAAACAUGCAUAAGGUAUUUAGUGAGAGAAAUAUUGUUGGCCUAAAAGAGAGAUUUCAUUUAUGUAUAGACUAUGUUAGUAUACUAGACUUUUUACACAACAGUCCUCUAGGCACAAGAGUAAUGUGUGAUUCGAAUACACUGAAUAAAACCCUAGAGCAGUAUCUGAUAACUUCCUCCCUCAGCCUGAUUUUGAACGAUGUUGAUGCUUUACCGCAAGUGGGACGUGAAGGCAUUAUUUGUGGACACAGGGAGAUCAGGGGAGACUUUGUGGCACCGGAACAGAAAUGGCCAUACGAUGGAGAGAAAUUCACGGAAGGUCGAAUGCCCCCUUAUAGUGAAAAGGUUGACAUUUGGAAAAUUCCUGCUGUGUGCAAUCACUUUUUAGGGAAGAGUGAGGAGGCGAGAAUAUUCCGAUACCAUGUCUUUCCAACUCACAAAAAAUGUCGGGAGAGAAGAGGCCACAGGCUAGGCCAUCAGCAAGAGAGGUUUUACAGUUGUAUGAGGAUCUUUUCCAAGGGUAUUUCAAUGAAAGCCUUACGGUACUAA